AUGGAGAAACUCUCUUAUCAAAAUAUUCGAGCACUCGGCCGUUUAGUAGGCGACUUCAACAGACACAGCCCAAUGUGGGAAUAUUACCUAAAUGAUAGCAGCAGGGACACCAUUAUGAAUUGGAUCACUCUAAAUAGCAUGGAACUUAAAUACAACGUUAAAAAAAAUUGGGAUAUUUCUUUCAGUCAGAUGAAAAAAGGUCUACUCUCCGGAUCUUUGUAUCUAACAAGAAAAUAGAUGACUGACAGCAACAUCUGCAACCAGAACAGUAUCGGAAAUCAUUACAUACCGUCAACACAGACCUGCUUUAAUAAACUAUGGUUUCCAGAACCCAAUAAUUAAGUACAUACCUAAACUCCUAUGGAAUUUUAAAUUAGCAAAGUAAGAUGAAUAUACCAAGGACUUGGAUAGAAUAGUUAAAUGGAUACCACCGAUUUCCUGUAAUUAUGAUCGAUUUUGUAAAGCAAUAAAGAAGACAGAAGCAAAGCAUGUGUUACCAAGAGACUACAGAGAAUCGUACAUAUUAGGAUGGGAUAUGGCAUGUAAGAAACUCUGACGAAUACGAAGAAACACAGUGGUAAUGCGGAUGACUUAAUUAGAGCACCUAUUGACAACAAAAAGAAACGAUGGCAAGAAACAACGGAAAACCUAAAUUUCAUUCGUUCCAGUCGGAAAACGUGGGCGUUACUAAAAAACUUGGGGUCAAAUGAUGUGAGAAAUACAAUGCCCGGAAUGGUAACGCUUAAUGAUGUGGCAUCUAGACUUGUGAGAGUAGGAAAGAUCGAAAUGGAUAAAUCACAUACAAGAGAGGUUAAAUGGAAAUUGAGAAAGAAAAUACAGAUACUGGAAGUAAACGAGGAGUACAGUACACCCUUCAGCCAGUUGGAGAUUUGA